GUGAGCGGAGCCGGAAGCAGAAGUUGUUGGUCGGGGGGGGCGCGAUGGCGGCGGCGGUGUCGGCGCUGGGGGGUUUGGGGGCUCCCGAGCCCGAUGGCGGGGGCUCCUCCGGCUCGGAGGACGAGGCGAGGCCUGACGCGGCGGCGGCGGCGGCGGAGAAGAAGCGGGAGGAGCGGCUGCGCAAGUUCCGCGAGCUCCACAUGAAACGGAACGAGGCGCGCAAACUGAAUCACCAAGAAGUGGUGGAAGAAGAUAAAAGGCUUAAAUUGCCAGCAAACUGGGAAGCCAAAAAAGCUCGGCUGGAGUGGGAGCUGAAGGUGGAGGAGAAGAAGAAGGAGUGUGCAGCGAGAGGAGAAGACUAUGAGCGAGUUAAACUGUUAGAGAUCAGUGCUGAGGAUGCCGAGAGGUGGGAAAGGAAAAAGAAGAGGAAGAAUCCAGAUCUGGGAUUUUCAGAUUAUGCGGCUGCUCAGCUGCGCCAGUACCAGAGGUUAACACGGCAGAUCAAACCUGACCUGGAGCAGUACGAGAAGCUGAAAGAGCAGUAUGGUGAAGCGCUUUACCCCACAUCCGACAGUCUUCUCCAUGGGACUCACGUGCCAUCUAAGGAAGGGGUUGAUCGAAUGGUAGCGGAUCUUGAAAAACAAAUUGAAAAGCGGGAAAAAUACAGUCGCCGCCGCCCAUACAAUGAUGACGCAGACAUUGACUACAUCAAUGAGAGAAACGCCAAGUUCAAUAAGAAGGCAGAGAGGUUCUAUGGGAAGUACACAGCUGAGAUUAAGCAGAACUUGGAGAGAGGAACAGCAGUCUGAACCAUCACCUCAGGCAAAGCACAUACAGCCCCACCUCUACUGAAGUUUGGUAGAUAUUUUGCAGGCAAUUUUAUCAAAAAAAAUGCUCUAGGCUUCAGUAAUUUGUAAAACCAACUAUAUUUAAUGUAAGAGAAGUAAUUUACAUAAACUUCAGCUGUAUAUAGCUUUUACUUGUAGAAGUAACCGACUUGUGCAAUUUUGUGUUCCAAAUAAACACAAACUCUUAUCACUGAAUUUAAAA